AUGCGUACUUCGGCCCUCGGCAGUCUUUGGCUUGUUGCAUCACAAAGAGGGGCUCUGAGCACAGAUCCACGCCAGAAGCUCAUAUACCUGACAAUAGGAUUUUCUUCCAUUUCAGCUUUCCAGCUAACACAUUCCAGUAUUCAGGCCAACAAAAGUGAAAUGUCCGACGACCUGGGUCCGCUCUGCUGCCGCUCCGACUCUUCCAUGAGUCAAAGCAGUACAAUGGAAGCACCCAGCCUGCCUGUGCCAGCCAUGCAUUUUGGCUUGCCCACCUUCGAGCCGCACUGUCAAGCUUUCAAGGGCUAUCAUGUUGCCUAUCGAGCCCCUCUCUGCGUGUACUCGAGCCUGGGACCUGGUGAGACAGUUGUCAUUGCAAUGCGUAUAACCUUUUUUCUACCUUUUAUCAUCUUUUUCGCAUCUGCCUCUCAAGGAUGA